AAUGGUCCUUGUAUGUACGGUGAAGUAUAUACUGGUCAUUGGGGUAAUACAGAUAUUACAUAUGGAUUAUUAGAAGCCAGUGUACACUCUAUUGGAAUUAUACAUCCAUGGCCGCGUUUAUUCACAGUAAUAUUAGAAGCAUAUGAUUUAGUUAAUCAAAAUGAAAAAUAUUUAAUUGAUCGAGCUAUACAUCGUGGUCUGUUACGUCCAUUAAUUUCUUCUACAAAACAAUCUACAGAUUGGCAUCAAGUUACUAUAUCCACACAAUAUUCCGGUUAUACAUUUUGUAUACAAUUAACAUGUGAACUAAAUCAUUAUGGUAAUGAUUGUACAAAAGUAUGUCAAACAAAUGAUAAUCAUACAAAAUUUAAAUGUGAUGCAAAUGGUGAUAAAAUAUGUGAACCUGGUUGGAGUGGAACUGAAUGCGAUAAAGCAAUAUGCAAUAUUGGUUGUCAUCCAGUUCAUGGAACUUGUUCAAGACCAGGAGAAUGCGAUUGUUCAACUGGUUGGCAAGGUCCACUUUGUGAUGAAUGUAUAAAAUAUCCAGGAUGUAAACAUGGAACAUGUAAUGAUGCACCAUUUACAUGCCGUUGUUUACCUAAUUGGGGUGGAUCAUUUUGUGAUCAAGAUCUGGAUUACUGUGGACGACAUCAACCAUGUUUAAAUAAUGGAAUAUGUAGAAAUUUGAAUUCAUCAUAUUCAAAACCAUUCAGUUGUAGUUGUACACGUGAUUUUACCGGAGAAUAUUGUGAAAUAAGUAAGAUUUUAAUGUAUAAUUCUUUUGAUUAA